GAAAAUCUGUAAUGUUAAUGCUUAACAGAGUACCAGAGGCUACACUCAACGCAAGUUUUCAUGGUUCAGGACACAAAGACUGACCCAAACCUAAUAGUGGUGGCAUUUAGGGGCACAGAACCAUUUGAUGCAAAUGCAUGGUGCACAGAUUUUGAUUUCUCAUGGUAUGAGCUUCGUGGGAUUGGCAAGAUCCACCGUGGCUUUAUGAAAGCCCUAGGCCUCCAGAAGGAUGGCUGGCCAAAUGAAAUUGCACCGGACAAUCAUAAUUUAUACGCAUACUACGAAAUCAGAAGAGUGUUAAAGGAAAUAUUGAACAAGAAUGAGAAUGCUAAAUUUAUAGUUACAGGGCACAGCUUAGGUGGGGCAUUGGCAAUUUUGUUUGUGGCUGUUUUAGCUAUACAAAAAGAGGGUUUUUUACUUGAUAAAAUGGAAGGGGUUUACACAUUUGGGCAGCCAAGAGUUGGGGAUAGGCAGUUUGGUAAAUUCAUGCAAGGUGUAUUGAAAGAAUAUGAUGUGAGAUAUUUGAGGUAUGUUUAUUGCAAUGAUAUGGUGCCUAGAUUGCCGUACGAUGAUUCAACUCUUUUGUAUAAGCACUUUGGUCCUUGUCUCUACUACGACAGCCUCUAUCAAGGAAAGGUUUUGUGGGAAGAGCCGAACAAGAACUACUUCAACUUGUUAUGGGCCAUACCGAAGAACAUAAAUGCUGUUUGGGAGCUGAUUAGAAGUUUUAUACUGCCUUGGGUCAAAGGUCAAAACUAUAGAGAAGGUUGGUUUAUGACCGUAUUUAGGAUAAUAGGUUUGCUAAUUCCAGGAUUAUCAGCUCAUACUCCUCAAGAUUAUGACAAUUCUACCCGAUUAGGAUCUUUGCCUCAAGAAUUUCACCGGGAUUAGUAACACCCUGAUUGGUACAGAAUUAUCCACAUGUAACACUGUAAUUCCAUCUAUUUUUUUUUUUUUAAAUUUCCACUUACAGGAUAUUGCUCUUUAAGGGGAAUUAGCUUACAGGACAAUUAUUCACUUUAUGUGAAGAUCUUAACCCCA